AUGCGCGGCGAUCGCUGGUCCGCUGUGUCCCUCGGACACAGCGGAUCACGGAAAGAGCCGAAGAUGUCGGCUCGGUCAUGUGAUCAGCAAAGUCCAAUCACAGCUGAUCACAUGGCACUGAUGAUCAGUGUGCCCUGAUGAUCAGUGUGGCCCCAGAAGUGCCAACUGUCAGUGUUUCAGUGCCAGUGCCCAUCAGUGCCACGUGCCAGUGCCCAUCAAUGCCACACAUCAGUGCAUACCAGUGCACAUCAAUGCCACAUAUCAGUGCCCAUCUGAGCUGCCUUUCAAUGUCACCCAUCAGUGUCAGUCAGUGCCACCUAUCAAUGCCAAUCAGUGCUACCUAUCAGUGCUGCCAGUGUUGCCUAUCAGUG